GCCCGCGUCUACUUCGCAGGGGCUGGCUUGCCCUAUCCGUCCUCUUUGACCCGGUGAUGGACUUUGCGACCCUUACCUCUUUUGAGACUGGUUCCGUGGAGGUCUUGGAGUUUAGCUGGCCGCCCGCGGCCGAGGACCAAACACCGCAAGCAUGCCUCGCAUAUGUUAUCAUGAAGCGGCCUUCUGGAUUUUUGCUGUGUGUUCCGGAUGGCUUCCUUUCUCAGGUGGAGCUGGAGCAAGGCCAACAGGCCGGGGAGGAGGAAGGGAUUGGGCCGUCGAUUGGUAUCUCGGCCCCCCCUGUUCAGCUGACCCCCACGGGGGAGUGGAUUUCGCCGGCCGACCCCGAAACGGUGCAGGCCUUGAUUGUGGAUCUGGCCUCUCACUUGGCCGACCAGCUCAGCCCAGCAGACCUAAGUGCAGACGACCUGGUGUGCUUCCGACCGGGCUCGCCUUCCGUUUUCCCCCUGGCCUCGGAGGUGCUGAGGCAGGCGAAGGAGUGGCUGCAAGCAGACGGCACACUUCCUGCAGACAGGCCGACCAUGGUUCAGCUGGCAUCCCAGCAGGCGAAGAUGAUGGAGGUGGUCGACCCCCCGCCAGCACCUCAGCCUGCCCUACCUCACCCGGUGUUAAGCCAGCCUCUGGCCCAGACCGUCCUGCCUCCCUUCCAGUCGGUUCCCAAGAACCUUGCCGCCACUUUAGGCCCGCCGCCGCUAACAAGGCAGCAGCCUCCCGCGGCACACGUGCAGGUGGACUUGGAGGAGAAAGGGCAGCGUGCUCUCCAGACCGGCGAGCCCCUAGGUGUAGGCCAGGACGCUUCGCUUGCUUCGGCUGUUUUGGCCCAGUCUCAGGCUCUGGUGGCUCUGGUGAGUCAGCUUUCGGGCUCAAGUGCCGACCCUUUGUUGGAGGUGCCAACAGGUCAGGCUUCUGUGCGAGGCGCCGCCGGGCGGGCAAAGCUCCAGCAGGACCUCGCCUCACGCUCCGGCGUUUUUGCUCAGAAGGUCCGGGAAAACAUGACCAGACGCAUGGACCCUACAGGCCUGCUGCCGGAGGAUCAGGUGAGUUUCCUUCGGUACCUCGAGCGCCACGGCGGUUAUUCAGCCCAGCCCCUCUUAGGUCUGGUGGCUUGGCAGGUGGCUCAGGCUUUGGACUUGAUAGCCAUAGGUGCCACCGAAGGGGCAAAAGACAGCUUAAGCCUCCUCCUGCUGAUGCUGGACCAGACGGCCCACGACCGAGGAAACAGCUCCCUGGGGUGGCUUCUCACUUUACAGGCCGACCCCCCUUCAAACCUUUUUGCUGCACAGACAGCGGUGCCCGGCUCCAACCUGCAGUCCUUCAGCCCUCUGGCCGAGCAGAGAUGGAUUACCAUAGCACUUGCGUAUGCCAAGGAACUGGAGACCAUCUCUUCCCGAAUCUCGGAAACUCAGCCGAAGGCCAGCACACCAAAGCCACCGGUGAAACCCCCGGCCACGCCGCAUACGCCGGCUGCCGAGGAGGAGCAGCAGCUGUCCAAGAAGCAGCUCCGAGCUGCCCAGUGGGCUGCCCGCAAAGCAGCCGGCAGCUCGAAAAGCCUUUCUCGUGUAGGGGAGGGGUCUUCGUCUUCCCCGGCUGCUCUUGCUGAGAACCAGGGUGCUUCGGUGAAUGUCAGUUACCAGGCGGGCCCCCAGGCCCGAUGCACGCCCCCCGCGGGCCCCAAUCCUGUUCCUUCGCCCCCGGGUGCUUCAUCUGCUCCGGCCUUUGAAUUGGGCUUUUCAUCUUCGCCUGAUGCCUCUGCUCUCCCUUCUUCGGAUGGUGGCGCCCCCGACAAUGAUCGUGCCGGCGUGUUCCCGCUGCAAGGGCUGCUCUAUAGCGAGGCGGCUGAGUUCAGUUUCCACAAGUGGUUGGCUGUAUUGCCCCGCUUGCUGAAGGCCGGCAACACUCAGCUUAGCAGGUUUCUUGUUUCGACUUUUGCUCUGCGCAAGGAGGCCCUCCCCUCCUCAGCCGCUCUCUUCCCGUUGCCUCUCUUCUACGAGGGGGUCUUCCACCAACGGACCUGCAGGAGUGCAAAGGCAACGCUUCGUGGCGACGUUGCCCGCUGUACGCAUCUGGUUGCCAUGUGUUUAAAUUUCAUGCAUGCCGGGUGCAAGCCUGUUCCCCUCCGCAGCCUGCAGAGGCCUCUGACCCCGCUUCAGACCAAGGUCUAUGCCCGGAUCCAGGGGCUUGUUAGAGCGUGUGCCCGCCAGGCCGGGGCCGUCCCCACCUGUGCUGGGCGAAAGGGCCUGCAGCUCGCUGCCCGGCUCUCUGAAGUGGUUGUUUUCCUGCGGGACCAGGGCUUUGAAGCCGGCGGCUAUCCCUCUGCUUCGGAGCCGCCUGUUGGUUUUGUUCCGCAUGCACCUGAGGGUCCAGAUGCCCUACGACCCUACCGAGACAUCCUGGCCGACCAGGUUGUCCUUCACGGCCGGGGCUCCUGGGACCUCUCGGCUCACUUGGGUCCUGAGCUGUACCUGCCCUAUGUUGAGCCCGACUGCUUUCGUUUCGCCGGCACCGGUGGGCCUUGUGCCACCUUCCUGGGCGAGAAUAAGCGGGAGAUUUUGAAGUUAGCCCGCAUUUGGGACGCCGCGGGGCUACUCAGCCUUACGGCCGGGCCGUUGCCAGACCGACUGCUGACAAGAGUCUUUAGAGCUUACAAAGCACCUGGCAAGCAGAGGCAGAUCGGAGACCGCAGAGGGCAAAACAGUUGGGAAUCCCGGCUGGCAGGACCCUCAAAAUGGCUUCCCACCGGGCCUCUGCUCUGCCGACUUCACGUGCCAGAAGGCUUUUGUGCAGUGGGGUCGGUGACCGACAGAAGAGAUUUUUAUACCCAGGCUAUGAUAAGCCCACAGCGUGCCAGCACCAAUCUUGUUGGGCCUGCCGUCCCUUUGUCCUGGCUUGCGGGCACGGUAGCUGAAGCCAGCUUUCGUGAAAGGCCUAGGGUCCACUGCAUUGACCCCGCCCUUUACGCUGAACAACUUGAGUUUGAUCGCCCUGCCCUCCUGGCCCCUGACAAGCAAGCUGUGCACCUCACCUUUCAGGCCUUGUUUCAGGGCGACGCCGGGGGGGUCGAGUUUGCAACAGCGGGGCAUGAAGGACUUUUGCAGGGCUCCGGCUGCCUUCUUGGGCCGGGCAGGCUCCAGUCGUCCCAUCCUGUCGCGCCGGCCGGGCCGUGGCAGGGACUCAUAAUUGAUGAUUUCUUUGCCAUCGCUGUGCAGCCUGGCGGGUUUCUUGCAGGGACACCUUCGCCCUCAUCCUCCGAGCUGAUCGACCGAGCAAAGAUAGGUUACAGGAGGGAGGCUGUCCUAGGGUCGGAUGACAAGGACGUGCGGGACCAACGCCACUUCAAGGUGGCCGGUGCUGAAAUCGACUCCAGUGAAAGCACGGUCGCCGAUGGGAUGACUUUAUGUGGGUACCCCGUCGCCAAAAGAAUCGCCCUGGCAGCUGCCUCUGUUCGUGCUGCCCAGUGCCCAGCUUUGAGCGAGGAGCUUGUUUCCACUCUUUGUGGCAGCUGGGUGUCGUGUUUGCUCUACCGCCGCUGCUUGAUGAGUGCCCUCGACAGGCUCUUCUCUUUGGGCCGGGCCGAAGCUGCACCACCCGACCCGGGUUCAGACCUCAAGCCGUUGCCUCGCAAGACCGCCUCCGAGCUUCAGCUCCUUGCUGUGCUCGCCCCGGUUGCUGUCUCGAAUCUUUCUGCCGAGCCCGACUCCCGGAUUUUCGCCUCGGAUGCUUCUAUGGAAAAGGGGGCAUACUGCGCCACCGAGGUGCCUCCUGAGGUCGCCCUGCAGUUGUGGUUGGCCUCUGACUUCGAGGGUGAAGCUGUGACUUUGCAGGCUUCGGGAUCACACCGCCACCCCCCAGGAGGUGUUUCUGCUGAAGGCCCUUGUGGACCCACCGAGGAGACUGACGCUCAGUUCCAGGCCCCCGCCCUUGCCGUAGCAAAGCCCUUUGCUUUUGAGUUCGAGGUGCUUGAGGUAGGCGAGCCUUCGCCCCUCCGUUCUGAGGUAAAGGCUCGAGGUCUGAAGGUUGGGCCGGAGCUGCACGCUGCUAGGUCUCCCCACUACGACCUCGGGUCCUUCCGUUUCUGCGAGUGGCUGGUUCAUCUCGUAAGCUCGGGCCGUGUGCGAGCCAUCUUGCUGCGCCCACCUGUCAACACCUUUGCCAGAGCGGGCUGCCCCCCGUUGCGAUCUGCUCUGAGGCCUCUGGGUUUUCGGCCGGGCUUUGGGCCCGUCCUCAGGGCGAACACAGUUGCUUCACUGUCCUGCUGGUCGCUGCCCGCCAUGAAGUUGCAGCCUGCCUCCUCCACCCGGCUUCCUCCCUUCUGUGCUUCCAUCCGGUCUGGGUUUCCCUUGGAAAGAAAGCUGCUUUCAGGGAGGAGCUUCUAG